CGAGGUGGGACGAAAAUAAAAUCCGGAACGCGACCUACCAACUGAGACAUUAGGAGUUUAGAUUAUAUUAUAUACAAUUAAAAAAGCAAACAUAAAUUCCUUCAAAGCAACGCGACAAAGACUGUACACGGAAUAACUAGGACCUUCGAAUCAAAUAAACCUAAACACAUCAUACCAUCCAUAUUGCGUCGGUGGUCUACAAUCUAAAUAAACGUCUUGGAUUAAAUGUUCUGCUCGAGCAGACGCCAUCUUCAGCCAAUCUUCUAGCGCUCCGCGUCCCCAAUCCCCGCGGCAGCUCCUUGAUUUUCGGUCGAUUCCACCAGAAUCGUGCUUCCCCGACCCUGCUUUGUCUAACUAGAUCGAGAAAUACGGAUCGCCGCCGCUCCUCCCUUUCCCCUCCUUUCCGUACGUGCGCUUCCCCCCGAGUUGACCCUGCCUCUGGUCGCCGCCCGCGCUCCUGUAAGCCGCCGCCGACCUCAUCUGCGGUCAGCCGCGCCCAAUGCCCUCCUUGCUUUUCUCUCCCUCUUUUCACUAAUCUCUCUCCCUCUCUUUGUUCCCACACUGCCGGACGCCAUGGCCAGCGGAGGCCGGGGCACGCAGCCGUGAUGGCCCCGAGCUCAGCGGCGUGGAAGCCAGGCGCCGGCAAGGCCGGGGUCGAGGUCGGUGAGCCUGGCGGUGGCGGUCGGGUGCGCAUCAAGCAGCAUGUCAUCCUCCGUCCAGCAGUACAACUUGGAGAGGUCCAACGAGGUAAGCGCGGGGCAGGUCUGGAGCAGCGGCUCGAGAUCCACGCCGCCGGAGAGAUCGACGUUGCGAAGCUUACCCCGCCAGCAGGGUGCGAGUGCGAGGCUGGCAUGCGUGGAGGGGUCGCGGCAGUAGAUGGCGAGGUCGGACACGGCGGGGAAGUAGAUGGCGAGGCGCGUCGCAACAAGGCGUUCCGCUCGGCGAUUUCUUUCGGGUGGAGCGGGAGGUUGUUGGAGGAGGAGGCGGGCGCCCCCGCGAUUCACGAGGCCAAGGAGAACAGCGGGUGGCCCUACAACGAAACCAGCGAGAGGUUGAGCCGCUCGAGCACCGGGAAGCAGAAGGUCGGCGAGAGCAGCAGGAAGCCAGGCGCCCUCGGUUCCCCGCGCAGCGCCAUCACGACCCGUGUCGCCCGCUCCGCCGCCAGCAGCCUGCGGCACGCCAUCGAGGCCCUGUGCCGUGACCAGGUGUCGCCCAGGAAGCCCAGGAUGAUCCACACAAACUGAAUAGCAAGGAGCGGACAACCAGUAGGCGACGUGACGGCGAAGGCAACGAGAACGGCGUUGCAAUCGCAACAUGUGGUAGAAUGGAGAAAAGGAUACUCAGGGCAUGGAUGAGGAGGCUAAGCAGCAAUUUUGCAUCACGUGCAGAAUUACAUAACAGCAGAGGAUCCUCACCCAUGGUGCUUUUAUUGGUUAACUAUUUACUAUUGCGAAUGCAGAGUGUUAAUUUUUCCAGAAUUUGUUUAACGAAAUUACUGUGAACAUGACCCUUUCCAUGACGAUUUUCACACGACCUUGUGAUCAAUGGUUGCGGCCCAUGUGAAACGAGGUGAUCAAUGGCUGCUAUAUUGUCGUGUAGAAAUCGGGCAUGAAUCCAUUUUUGAACAAGUGAGUUGUUAUGCUUCUGUACUUUUUAACUUCCAUCCCCCAAAAAUUUGGUAGAUGACUAUUGUAUUGACCAUGUUAGUCAGGGUAAUGUGCAUAAGACCUUGCUGAAGUCAAUAUGAUAUAUGCUCCAUACAGUCAGUUAACUUGAUUCUUCAUGACUAUUCAAUGGACUCUGCUUUGCAAACUAAACAUUAUUGUCUGAUUCUGUAGUGUUUUGUUUCAGGAGCUACUUGUGGUGGUGCUACGGUAAGUUGAUGUGAAAUCCUCUAUUCGCUACUAUAUAUUAAGAGUUGAUGUGAAAUCCCACAAUUUUUGUUAUGUAGGUAGUCAAAAUAUUUUCAGUCUGCAUACUUGUACAAGCAUUUUUUUAACUGAAACUUGUAUAAGGAUCAGAUCUAGGAUAUUUUGACUCUCUUCUCAAAAAAUAUAUUGCAUAGCAAUAGUUAGUUUGACAUUGCUGUUGUACCAAUUUGAGUAUGAGAUGAUAUUAGAGGCACUAUGAAGUGUAAAUAUGGAAGUAAUUGUCCGCCCUCUUUUUUUGUAUUCUUUUAGCUUAAGCUUACACUGACUGCUCAAUAAAAUUUCUUCUGAUGUUUUUUAUUUUCUUUUCUCUAAUGAUGGUCUGAUGCAUGACCAAUUCAUUUCUCCCUUCUAUCUGAUUGCCGGUUUGGUGACGACUUUCUGAUAAUUUGUAUGUCUUUUUGGACUGGUCAUUAGUUUCUGAAAUUAAGAUACUCUGAUUUGGGAGGGAUAGAUGGGUACAUACUGUUUUCACAUUGCAGGAGAGAUAAUUGUGAUCAUUUGCCUAUUGUGAAUACUGUUUCUGUGUAAUCAGAUUCUCAAAGGUGUGUUGCCAACGAAGGUGAAGGCUAGAUGUUCUGCUCUUGUGUCUGAACAAUCUGUAGUUGCCAGCAUGUUUUUUCUUAACAGUUUUCAGUCUACUUGCCCAUGAUGUAUAUACAAUUUAUACAGUUCCAUUAAACUUGCUUCUAUGUUCUUUUGUUGUGAAAAUACAUCGGUUCAUGGUCACUGAAUAAACUCAUGUUGACUAUUGUCGGCAGAGGUGAAGAUGUAACGAAGAUGGCGUGAUAUAGAGGUACAUAAAAAUGGGAUCAAAUAACAAGGGAAUUUGUGUUGGUGUUGAUGCUUGCCUGAAUUGUAUUAUGGUGUGCGCAUUCUCCGGGUGUGCAUUGAGUGUACCUCAUGUUGACUAUUGUCGCCGGAGGUGAAGAUGUAGAUGAAGAUGUCGUGAUGUCGAGGUACAUGAAAAUGGGAUCGAAGAACAAGAGAAGAAUUAGUGUUGGUGUUGAUGCUUGCCUGAAUUGUAUUAUGGUGCGCGCAUUUUCUGGGUGUGCAUUGAGUGUACCUCAUGUUCACUAUUGUCGGCGGAGGUGAAGAUGUAGAUGAAGAUGUCGUGAUCUCGAGGUACAUGAAAAUGGGAUCGAAGAACAAGAGAAGAAUUUGUGUUGGUGUUGAUGCUUGCCUGGAUUGUAUUAUGGUGCGUGCAUUCUUCGGGUCUGCAUUGAGCGUACAUGAUUGCUUGAAAAUACCAAUAUCUCGGCAAGUUUGGGUUAUAUAUAACUAGAACGACAUGGACACUGCUCCAUUUGACAAGUUUUGAUUUUUUUUAGCUAGAAACAAUACCUACACGAGCGCUCAAGAUGAUAAAUGUGUUCACUUACAUUUUGGGUGCAUGUCACCCAAAUUUUUUGGGGUGCAUUAGUAGACAUUACAGACUAUCUUAUAGAUUUUAUCCUGCAAAGUUGUGUGAGACGUUUCAUAUGCUAGGUGAAAUAUGCUCACUGUCUUCUAAUUUACUUUCACAUUCUGUUUA